UUUUGUUUUUGUUUUUAUUUACUAAAAAGUAGAAAGUUCGCUUCGGACACCUCUGAAAGUAAAUUUUUUAUGUAUAUAUAUAAGAAUUUUUUGGAACAUUCACUUAGAAAAUUUGCGUAAAAUAUUUUCUUAAAUAAUUAAUCUCUCAAGUUCCUCUUUUUUUCUCUCACAAUUCUAUUUUUAAUGAUGUUGAAUAAAUAUAUCCUGUCAAGUUGUCAGAAAAGUUUACCAGCCAUCAUGCCCAAAAGAUUUAAAGUUCGCAAUUUGCCUGACACUCAAAAAAGUGAACUUGAAAUGAGUUUUAAUUUUAAACCUAGAGUUGGAAAAACGUUUACCACCGAGUUUUUUGCUUUUACAAAUAGAAAAGAUGCUUUUACAUGGACCUACUUCAAAGCUAGAAUGAAAAGAAAACAACUAGAAGACAUGAUAGAAGAUCAAAGAUUCCUUUCUGAACGCCAUCGCAUUCUAGGCCCAAACUUAGCAACUACUCAUUUCAUAUGUGCACGAGGUGGUAAAGUGAGGUUUAAGGGUUCAAAUAUAUGGGCUGAAGAAACUGAUUUGAGGGGAGGUCAUAUUCCGCAAAAGUAUGUUCCCGGUUAUUUUGUUGAAGAAAUUGAUGCGUCUAAUACAAAUUUAUGCUAUGAAGGUUUUCAAAACUUUUGUAAUUUAGAUGAAUUGAAAAAGCUUUCGUUACGUAAUUGUGAAUAUGUUGAUGAUUGGUGUCUGAAUAGAUUACACUUAUUUGGAUACAGUUUAGAGUAUUUAGAUCUGAGUGGUUGUAAAAAUAUUUCUGAAAGAGGAAUAUGUACUCUUCAUUCAUUAAAAAAAUUAAAAACACUAGUUCUGCAAGAUACCCCAAAUAUAAAGGACAAAGAAUUAGUCUCAUUGCUAUUGCAAGAUGUUAUUCCUAAUCUGGAAGUAAUUGGGGUUGACUUCAAUGAUCCAGAACUUUUGAAACGAUUGGAAAGUUUAUGAAGUUGAUGACUGAAUCAUUUGUAUUUUAGUGUGAAUAUUAGUUAAAUAUAUAUAAGUUACAUAAAAAUUUUGUUUCUUUUUC